UGUACGCCGCUGUCAGAGCACUGUAGCUUUUCAGGACUGCGAUAUAGGAACAAGCAACCCGUCACAAACGUAUACUGAAACAUCAAGCCGAGUCUUGUUGUUGUUAUUGUUUCUGUUUUUCAUCAUGAAAGCCAUUAGUCCCGUCCGCUCGGUGAGGAGCUGCUACAAGGCCGUGUGCUGCAUUUCGGAGCAGAGUCUCGCCAUCAACCGGAAUAAACACUCGUGUCUGGAGGAGCCGGUGAGCGCCCUGUGCGAUAUGAACGACUGCUACUCCAAGCUGAAGGAGCUGGUACCGAGCAUCCCGCAGAACAAGUCGGUCAGCCAGGUGGAGAUCCUGCAACACGUUAUCGACUACAUCUUCGACCUGCAGAUCGCACUGGAGGCAGAGGACACAGCAACGCCGGAGAUGGUUCUCUCAAUAAAGACUGCGGAUCUUUCUCGCAAUUUCUCCAAAGAAGAAGGACGGUUGUGCCAUUAGGAUACAAAUGACAGAUUACGGUGCAGGGAAACACAUGUCUCCACUUCACUCCGGGCAAGAGGACAAGAGGGGCAGAAAGGGUGGGAUAGGUAUUUGGGAGAGAAGAAGAAGAAGGAGGAGGAGGAGGAGGAGGGAGGUGGAGGGUUUAAAGAAGAAAAGACAGAAAAAAUUGGACUGUUUCCUAGAUGAGUGGGGAUCAACAGUGGUGCAUGAGCAAGAAAACAGAGACUCAUUCUUUGGCCCCUGGACAGACAAAUCAACACACCAAAGCAGAAGCCAGGAUUGGAAACUGAAAGCGACCGGCUUUGUAUGCCCUCCUCCAAAAACCUGGGAUCCCCUAUAGGUAGAAGUAGAAACAUUGGUACAUUGUUGUUUUAUUUUCCUUUUUUGUGAUGCAUUCCAAACCAACUUUAUGUGGGUUAAACUCCACGCCCAACCUGAACUCUUUCUACACCAAGUCUCACAUCAUCUCACAUAAUUAUCCCUGCAUUAAUUCUCCACUCUAAUCUGAUUUCUAAUGAUCUGGAGACUGUUACAACUUCAUACGAAUGUGUACAUAUCUGCUGUGGGCAUGUAAGGUGUGAGUCAAUUUGGAUGUUGGUAUUUUUUCAGAAUGGGAGUUUGGGUUUUCUUAGGUAUAAUCAGAACUCUAUACUAGAGUUAAUUGUAAAUGUUUGUAGGGAUUGUGUAAUUUCUACAGACAAUGUGCUGUGAGUUUCAUAAACUCUUUAUUAUAAAGUUUGCUUUGUAUGUAUGUACGUAUGUUCUUAUGUAAUGAAAUGAAUAAAAGAUUAUGUGAAACAG